UGUGUGUAAAUAAUAUUUUUCUACCAUUAUUCCUAAAAUAAUAACACAAACUCGUCAAAUAUUCAUUCCCUGGCGUAUACUAUAGUCAUACAGGAAUAUAUGCGCCGGUAAUUGGCAUAACAAUGUUGAAAAGUAUUAUUACUGUGUUAUCAUGUCUUAUCGCGGUUUCGUCCACGAAAUAUUGUGAUUUUAACGUGAGACUCACACAAACACUUCGUAAUGAGGGAUUCCACAGGAAUAUAACCUAUGAAAUAAUAUUCAACGGAGAUGAAGACAAGCCUCGUCGGGAACUGCGAGGCUGUGUUGUAGGCCUGCAUCAGGAACUGCCACCCGGGGUGUAUGCAAACCCCGAUGAGCUGGGGGAUUUAAAACGGGCAAAAAAGCUAUUUGUGCUGCCACAGAACCGAAUCAACAUUGAACUGCCGGCAGAGCAGUCUAACCCGAGCACUGUAUAUGUCAUGGGUGCGAUCAUAGACGACCGGGCACACCUGUGGGUACCGGUCCAUGCUCGGUACCAUCAGGCCACUUCUGGAGGAGGUAUGGCUCGAAACGAGAUCUACCCUCCCCGGAUAUUCCUGUACUGUCCCGAAAUUCUGCGCUGCGACGGCGCCACGACCCCUAUGCUCUUCACCUGCGAAGACGAGCCUAAAGACUGCUGGAACACCUACAAGGAGCUCCCAUACACCGUGUUAACUGACACCCUUAUAUGGGAGGUGCCGGUGGGCAACACGCUGCACUACCACGCGGUCGCCGGCGCCACCGCGCUAGUCGUCAUAGCGGGGAGCCUGUACUUGCUCAAGUCUGUACACCAGUACAAGCGGCAGUGAGGUAACGCUUAAAGUUUUCGGCUAAAA